GAGUUGCGCACUUGUCUCAAUCGAAAGUGUUCUCAUUCAAAAGUGGUUCGUUGUGCCUGAUACAUCUCAUGCAGAAAAUAAAAAUUUAAAUUAACUAAAAUGUGCAAUAAUUUGUCUAAAUGAAGCUUUUAGUUGGUUGAAAUUAGUGACAGUGACAGUAAUGAAGUUGUGAAAUUUCAAACGUGAACAAAACUGAAGAUGAGUAUCUUAAGCUAUAAAUUUGCUAAAUUAGUAGAAUGUAACGUUAAACGAUCGAGCAGCGUCGUUAGAACUAUAGAAACUUUGACGACAGAAAUCGAGGAGCAAGGUUGGUCGCGUUGUCGACCUUACGCUGAAAUUCCUGGACCCAAACCAAUUCCCUUUUUGGGCAAUACCUGGCGAUUUAUACCGUUCAUAGGUGACUUUAAGAUCCAGGCAGUGGAUCAAGUAUCGAUGAGAUUAUACAAAGAAUAUGGAGAUAUCGUCAAAAUAGAAAGUUUGUUAGGUAGACCAGAUAUGGUGUUCAUCUAUGAUGCGAAUGAAAUCGAGCGUAUCUUUAGGCAAGAGGAGAAAAUGCCAUAUAGACCUUCGAUGCCGUCAUUAAAUUAUUACAAACACGUACUCAGAAAGGAAUUCUUCAGAGAUAACGCUGGCGUAAUCGCCGUACAUGGUGAGAGUUGGUAUAACUUCCGGAGCAAAGUACAACAAGUAAUGUUACAACCACGAACAGCGAAAAUGUACAUUAGCGCUAUUGAGGAGGCGAGCUUGGCAUUUCUUCAAAGGAUAAAAAAAAUACGAGACGAAGAUGAUGAGGUGCCUAAUGAUUUUCUAAACGAGAUUCAUAAAUGGUCAUUAGAAUCUAUUGCGCGCAUAGCGUUGGACGUUCGAUUGGGUUGUUUGGAUGAUGAUGCCAAUAUGGAAACUCAGCAAUUAAUCGAUGCGGUUACAACAUUUUUCAAGAAUGUGGGAAUACUGGAAUUAAAGAUUCCAUUCUGGAAAUUAUUUAAUACGCCUACAUGGCUACAAUAUGUGAAUGCUCUCGAUACUAUCGUAAGCAUAACGUCUAAAUACACAGCGGCCGCUCUUUCAAAGAUUAAAGAAAUAAAAAAGUCAACCAAGGAACCGUCUCUUCUACAAAAAGUGUUGGCUUUAGAAAAUGACACUAAAUUAGCUACUAUACUUUCACUUGACUUAUUCUUAGUUGGCAUCGAUACAACUUCCAGCGCGGUAGCAUCGACUUUAUAUCAAUUAGUUUUGCAUCCUGAGAAGCAAGAUCUCGCUUACGAGGAAGUGCGUAACGUGCUUCCGAGUGAAGACAUGCAGCUGAAUGGGAAUCACUUGGAUAAACUGAAAUACUUGAAGGCGUGCAUUAAAGAAACUCUCAGAAUGUAUCCAGUGGUUAUUGGCAAUGGACGAUGCAUGACCAAAGAUACAGUGAUCAAAGGAUAUCGUGUACCAAAAGGCGUACAAGUGGUUUUUCAACAUUAUGUGAUAAGUAAUCUGGACAAGUAUUUUCCACGCAGCGAGGAAUUUCUGCCCGAAAGAUGGUUGCAAAGUGAUGGUGUGUAUCACAACUUUGCGUCACUUCCUUUCGGUUACGGAAGAAGAAUGUGUCUUGGUCGACGUUUUGCCGAACUUGAGAUACUCGUUGUUCUUAGUAAGAUUUUGCAACGUUACAAAAUAGAAUAUCAUCAUGAGAAACUACAGUAUUACAUUAAUCCUAUGUAUACACCUAAGGGACCCUUAAAUUUCAAAUUUAUUGAUAGAUAAUGAUUUUUUAAAUUGUUAAAGUACAAACCAUGACUAUCUUUGGAGCACUUUAAAUUUGAGUUCUCCGUCAGGAGCAUACAUAAACGUAACUUUGUACUUAAGUGGUUUAUGAUGGUAUUCCAAUUUAUAAGAUCUUAUCAGCUAAAAGUGAAUAAAAUUAAUAUUAUUCAUAUGUAUGACUAAACAAUACAUAUAUGUCUACUACAAACAGUAAUAGCACAGUCAUACCUUGGCAAGCAGCACCUGAAUUUCUAAAUCGGCAAAUCUUCUACCUAGGCACAUGCGUGCGCCAUGGCCAUAAGGUAAUGAUGCAAAAGGAUGUAAACUUUCAUCAGAAGAUUCUUUCAGCCAUCUCAUUGGUUUAAAUGUUUUUGCAUCUGUUACAUAUUGUUCCAUAUUUCCUGUUACCACGGUUGGAAACACGACUUGUACCUGUAACAAUAAUAACAGGUAAUAAUUAUAACAUAUAAUGAACUAAGUCUUGAGAAAUGUUUAUAAUAAAAUUACUCACCCCUUUUGGUACUUUGUAACCACAAA